AUGCGUGUCAUUGUCACCGGCAGUACGGGCUACAUUGGCGGCGAAGUCCUGCGCCAAUGUUUGGCCAACCCGGCCAUCACGUCCGUCGUGGCGCUCGCGCGCCGCGCCCCAGAGAUCGCCACGGAUCCGAAGCUCCAGGUGGUCCUGCACGACGACUUCACGUCGUUCCCCACCGAGCUUGUGGCGCAACUGGCGGAUGCCGACGCAUGCAUCUAUUGCCUGGGCUCGAACGUGCCCGUGCGGCCGCCGGAGCUCAACCGCAAGAUCAACCUCGAGUACGCCAUUGCCACGGCACGCAUGUUUGCCGAUCUACACGGAGCACGACCAGCCGCACAAGCGCAGACGCAUUUCCGACUUGUCUAUCUGAGCGGUGCUCUGCCCGAAAAGGACCCGGAGCGGCGCUUGUUGUUCUUGGCGGAGAACCGUCGCAUGCGCGGUGAGCUCGAAAACAAGCUGCUCGAACUGGGCAAGGCGAAAGCAGGCUCCGGCUUUGAGGUGUUUGUCACCCGGCCCGGCUUUGUGCAGCCUGCAGGCGCUGUCGUGCGGGCGUGGUUGGUGGGCGUGGUGGCCAACGCGAUCCUCCUGCCCGAUCUUGCUGCCAGCUUGGUGCACGUCGCCUUGCAGGGAUACGACGAGAUGCUGGUGGAGAACGACGCCUUGAACGGUCUGGCUAAGAAGACGACGAGCUAA